GCAGUGCGGCGGCCUGCCACGUUGAUUCCCCUUGACCAGGGCAAUGGCGGUAAAAAGAACCUACCUCACUAUUCUCACAUCACAUGGCAGGGAUGGGCAGCGAUGAUCCACCUUCAAGGGAUUCUUACGAUGGCCCACUUCCAACUUUGACACAGUCAGUUCCGAACUGUUUUACUCGGCGGCCCACCCUAGUGUCCACCGAAUAAGAGUCUGAGUCUGAGCAAUGGCCGGAAUAUAUAUAUAGAGCUACCCGCCUUGUCUCGAGGCCAGAGUCUAGAGCGUUUCUCGUUAUUCGCCUUCUGCUGUUGAUCUGAAGACUUCAACCAUCUCCUGGGAUGGCUUUGCGCGCACUAAUCUUGACCUACACAGCCUACACAGUACGCUCGUAAGUGCGCAUUAGCUGAGAACAUCACAGGUACACAUUCGAGUCCGCAGCUUCGAUCGAUCGGCUACACACGCGAAAGCAGACACAAGCCGCGCGAGUAAGAUGGGGCGCGGACUACAACCUACUAAGAAUAGGAGAAAGCAGAUCGACAUGGUCGACACGUUGGACGAGACGACGCCGUUGCUGGGUGCGGACACUCAACGAUACGGGGACUCGGGUAAUGAAUCCACGCAGAACCACAGUUGGGCAGGCCUUGAGGAUUUUGAAGACGUGCCCCAGUGGCGGCGACCGUCCGUGUACUGGCUUCUAGGCCCGUAUUUUUUGUUCACAGUCGCUUUUGGCGGUGUCAUUGUCCCGAAACUGAAUUUAAUCAUUGACCUGGUCUGCCACAAUUACUUCGCCGAUCGCGCCCUAGAGGACCCGACCUUCCCCUUUCUCCCCGUCGUAUUGGGUAGCGAUAAUCCGCAAUGCACCACACCUGUUGUGCAGCGCAGUGUUGCCACCUUCACGCUUGUCACAACCGUCUUAGUGGGUAUUUUGUGUGCGCUGACAGCUCCGAAGCUGGGCUCACUGUCAGACCGAUUCGGCAGGACAAAGUUACUCUGCGUCGCCUCAUGCGGCGGUGUAGUAAACGAGAUUAUCACGAUAUUGGCUGCCAAAUACCCCGACGCCAUCAACUACCGUUGGUUGAUUCUGGGCUCCUUCUUUGACGGCAUAACUGGCUCGUUCACUGCUGGCAGUAUUCUCGGGGCCUCUUACACGAGUGAUUGCUCUCCCCCUUCAAAACGGGGAGUCUACAUGGGUUACUUGCACGCUUCUCUCUUCACGGGGCUUGCCUUUGGGCCUCUGCUGUCGGGUUACUUCGUCAAGUGGACCGGAUCUCUGUUGUCAAUUUUUUACGUCACGCUUGGUUGCCAUAUCUUCUUUAUCCUAUUUAUCCUAUUCGUCACGCCCGAGUCGCUUUCGGAGAAGAGGCAGAUGAUUGCACGCGAAAAAUACAAGGCUGAGCAGGAUACUCUCGCAAAUCAGCUGCGCUGCGAUGUUCCAAAUGCGCUAGCGCGCGUCAUUGGACCCACCGCCUCUGAUAUGACAAGCUAUCGCAUGGGCAAGUGGCUCCCGGCGCUUCUCAAUGCUAACCCGUUUGCGCCCCUCAAGAUACUAGUCCCGCGCGGACACCACAAUGCUAGCCUAAGGCGCAAUAUGAUUAUUCUCGCCCUCAUCGACACCGUGAUCCUGGCCGCUGCGUUCGGGUCCGGCACCGUCACCAUCCUAUACGUUGAGUACAUUUUCGAUUGGGGCAACUUCGAAGCGUCGCGCUUCCUAUCCCUUCUGAGUUUCACACGAGUUUUUAUUCUACUCGGCGGGUUCCCGUUCUUCAACUAUUUCUUCCGCCCGAGCGCCUUGAAACGCCAGCGCCAAGCAAGCGGGCAAGGCGCCGAGACGAACUCCGGCGCUGAUGAGCUGGACAUUUGGAUGUUGCGCCUUGCGCUCUUUUCGGACGUGGCCGGCAUCCUGGGCUACGCGGUCGCUCGGUCGGGGGAGCUUUUUGUUAUCUCCGGCAUCAUAGCCUCCUUUGGCGGGCUGGCACGUACCCCCGAGCGUGUCGGGUCUCUGCUGGGGGCCAUUGGUCUUCUGCAUGCGCUGGGUCGGGUGUUCUCGCCUAUUAUGUUUAACGGGCUCUACGCCGCCACCGUGGACCUGUUCCCACAGGCAUUCUUCGUGCUACUUACGUCCAUUUUUGGAUUGGCGCUGAUGGCCAGUCUAUUUCUAAGGCCACACGUAUUUCUCAAGGAAGAUGAUUAUGGUCCGGUACCAACCGCGACAGUAGAAGCAGACAGGGUCGAUGCUGAUGCUGUCGUAGACGCGGAGGUGGCGGUGGUACCUGUGCCUAGAGUCUAACCGCAUUGACCACCUUUUUGCAUGCACCCCCAUUUUGCAGGG